GACAGACGGACUGCCAGUCCUGGGCAAGCGGCCCGGCCUGGAAAGGGCGGGGCCUCCCGGCUCCGGGGCUGGGCUUUGGCCAAAAGCUCGCAGCUGAGGGCACCGAGAGCGCAGAGCGUGGAGGGCGCGGAGCGGAGUACAGCAGGCUGGAGAGGGACGUAAACACCGAGGGUCGCCGCCCGCUGCCGCGUCCAAGCGGAGCCAUGCAGCCGCGGGGCUGAGCGGCCCGAUGGCGACCAGGGCGCAUGGAGAACUUCCGUAAGGUGCGCUCCGAGGAGGGGCCGGAGGCGAGCGGCUCGGGCGCGGGGCCCUUCGCCGACCUGGCGCCCGGCGCCGUGCACAUGCGGGUCAAGGAGGGCAGCAAGAUCCGCAACCUGCUGGCCUUCGCCACCGCCAGCAUGGCGCAGCCGGCCACGCGCGCCAUCGUCUUCAGCGGCUGCGGCCGGGCCGCCACCAAGACUGUCACGUGCGUCGAGAUCCUGAAGCGCCGCCUGGCGGGGCUGCACCAGGUCACGCGGCUGCGCUACCGGAGCGUGCGCGAGGUGUGGCAGAGCCUGCCCCCGGGCCCCGACCACCCACCUGCCAGCCUCAGUGUCCUCAAGAACGUUCCUGGCCUCGCCAUCCUGCUGUCCAAGGACGCUCUGGACCCUCUCCAGCUCGGCUACCAGCCCCCCGGUUCCCGCCCCAGCCUGCCAUCCCCGCCCGCCGCGCCGACGGCCAAAAGGGGUCCCGGGGACCCCGCAGCUGAAGAGGGCGCCCCGAAGAGGUCACAGCCCGAGUCGGGGGCUGGAGACGAGGACCGCACGGCGGGAGCUCCCUGAGCCACCUGGGCCGCUGGAUCUUCCGCGCCUCCACCUUCAGACACACCUCCAACUUCCACGAUUCGGUCCUCAAGCGCCCACAUCCUGGAUACAGCACCUCAGACCAGCAGCAUGAACCCCACCGAGACUAGAGAGGGGAUCCAGGAGUGGCAGGAGAGGACCCAGACCAACCCAAGGAGGUUUGGUGGGAGGUUGCUCCCAAGAGGUGGAGCUCCACCUUCGGCAUUACAGGACCAUCUUGGGAUCUUCCUAGGAAGAGAACGGUAGGCAGAGGACUCCGAGCCUUGUUUGGGACCUUGUGGUUUAAAGACAUCCAGCUUCGUGGAGGGGACCCGGACUCCACACCCCAGAAGAGCUCUUGGAAUUGCUCCUGCGCUGAUAGAGGAGCUCCCAGGCCGAGAAACUGACUGUUUGAGGGUAGCAGAAUCGGAUGUUGAGCCUGUCUGUGUUCUGCCCCCCUCUCUGAGACCAGUUCCCGUUUUACUUUCAUGCUGUUAUAACAUCCCCUUCCCCAGGCUGUCCCGGAGGGAGAGACCCACGAUGGAACUUUCCCUACCUGAGCCCCGCAGCUGGAAUCUUACUUCCAAUAAAGCAAAUGCCAAAAUG